AUGAUAAGACUCGGCAGUGAUAAUAUUAUCCUAUAAUUACUAUCAAGAAAAACAAAAGUUUUUGUAUAUUUCUAUGAAUUAUACUAUUUUCUGAAUUAUACUAGUUUAAAUUACAAUGACGAUCAUCAAAGUUAUUGAUGAAGAAGAAAUCAUCAGAAAACUAUCGACAUACAUUCAAAAGAUUUCAAACGACGCGAUCUUGAAUAGAAAUAAAUUCGUAGUUGGACUUUCUGGCGGCUCUGUCGUCAAAUAUUUAUGUGAAGGUUUACCACAAGUUGAAACAGACUGGUCUAAAUGGACUCUAGCCUUCUGUGAUGAAAGAGUAGUACCUGAAGACAGCAGCGAUUCUACAUUCGGAAUAUACAAGAAAGAUUUAAUCCCUAAGACUGAAUUAAAGGAGAGCCAGUUUAUAACAAUCAAACAAGGAGCUACAGCUCAAGAAACAGCAAAGGAUUACAUUGAAAAGUUAAGAAAAGUCUUUGGUGGAGAUGAUUUCAAAUUUGACUUACUUCUACUUGGCAUGGGACCAGAUGGACACACAUGCUCCCUGUUCCCAGGUCACAAAUUGCUUGAAGAAACAGAAGAUAAGGUAGCAGCUAUAACAGAUUCCCCAAAACCUCCACCGGAGAGAAUCACAUUAACUUAUCCAGUUAUAAAUGGAGCAAGGAACUGUAUUUUUGCUAUUUCUGGGGCAGGGAAGUCAGAAAUGGCUAAACGUAUUCUAAAAGACAAAGAAGAUUUACCAGCUGGUCGAGUGAAGCCGACAGACGGCUCUCUAUAUUGGAUCCUGGACGAAGAAGCAGCUGUACAUUUGUAAAAUAUGACUAGGUCAUGACUGCAAGGAAAAAACUUGUGCUAUUCUGUUGGUAUCACUCAUCAUGUAAAAACAGGGCAGAUCAUGCAAAUUCAUUAAAAAAAAUCAACUUCUUGAGGUUUUAAAUAUUAUCUGGAAAAAAAACAAGAAACAUAAUUACUUCAGUUGCUGUAAUCUCCGAUGAUGAACACAUCCUACCAGAUGGGCCCACAGGGUGUGGUAUGUAUGCCGGUCUGUCUACAAAGAUAACAAAAACGAAUACGAGAUUGUAGUUAAAAACAUGACUGUCUCAUAGCAAAAUCACACAGGAUAGUCUUGGAUACUUUUUUUGUCCUAAAAACUGCUUUAGAAAAUAAAUGAAAAAAUAUAAAAAUAAUGAUAUAAUAUUGUGCAGCUUUUUGUCAAUGUUGUGUAUUGAUCAGUUCAUUUAAAUAAGGAAGGUUCAAUUAUCACCUACAUUUCAAAAAUAAAAA